UAUUACUGUAUAUUGACUGGCAUUGAGAACAAUAGGAAAUCUUUCAUUCCCCAGUACAAGUCAAAUUUACGAGGGCCACCUGAUAGCCGCCGUGUGAUUGGUCAGUGAGGUCACGUGGUAAUUGGUUUGGUGAAUAAUACAAGUUGUUGGCAAAGAUUCCAUGGCAGAGAUCAAGAGUGGAGACAACUAAUCAUUUGGCAUAAAACUUUUACAGAAUGAAUUCAUAUUUUGGAAAUAUACUUUCCAGCAACUUACCAGGAAAUGGCUUACAGGAAAGUUUAUACAACUAUGAUGGUAAAUAUGACAAUGCAAGUAACUUUUACGCUGGUAUGACAGGGUAUCCGGGUUACGAUGACCCUAGCACAAGUGGAGGGUAUCCACGGAUACACAGCUAUGAACCACUGGCAGGAACCGCCAAAUCGCCAUCAUUCUCUACAUAUACUCCGACCACAUAUCCAAACUCAGGAAUGCCGAACUAUUACAGUGGACAAACUGCAGGGUAUAUGAGCGAUUCCGGAGGGAGCGGAGUGAGCCCUAAAUUAGUUAACACACCUGUGGUCAGUUCCAACCAGCCAGCCCAAGCCGAGUCAUCGCCGCUCCCCAGCGCCGGCUACGGUAGUGCCUCUCCGGGUCUUGCAGUCUCGCCAACCACUAGUCAGUAUUCCACAUGGGUGCGUCAAGUUAACGGAGCGGCCGCAGACUUGGCACUCCAGGAACAAAAGCGAACAAGGCAGACAUACACACGAUACCAAACUCUAGAGCUGGAGAAAGAGUUCCACUACAAUAGAUACCUAACAAGGAGGCGGCGGGUUGAGAUAGCUCAUGCUUUAGGACUUACAGAAAGACAAAUAAAAAUAUGGUUUCAAAAUCGGAGAAUGAAAUGGAAAAAAGACAAUAACAUUGAAAAAUUGACAGGCCCCCCACCUCAACUUGAAAGUUCCGACCAAGACUAUUGUAUAAUGACUGCUGGAUCCCCUCCAAAUAUGUAGAUCUAUGUAUUAACUUAUCAGCACAGAGUGUACUCCUUUUGACAGAUCACUGAGAAAGAUACAAGCCCUUGUCUACAACUGUCUGGUCAGUUAUUUGACUUACUACAGCAGUGUUGUGUUAUUAUAUGGAGAUAGAAGGGAAACUCGUCCAGGUCUGAGACAUAACUUCUAUCUUUUGGAUGUUAACGCUCAUGUUGACGGUGUAAAAAUGUUUUUCACGUGAUUGUUAUCUCCUUCUUAUAAAAUGGUAUUUGUAUAUUUAUAACUUAAAGUGUGAUUCUGCGAAUCAUAGAACACCAAAGAUGGUCCAAACGUUUAUUAUCACGGGUGUUUGAGGAGAAAAUGAUAAAUGGAGAAUAAAAGUUGUUCUCAUAUAUCAUAUCGACAAAGCACCAUAGGCAAAUUUAUUUUAAAGCAAACAAAACAACAACUUUGUAUGGAUCAUAAAUGUAUAUACGCCAAUCUUAAUAAUGUGAUAAGUAAUUCUCUUUUUGCAUUAGGAACCGUUUUGUAUGAUAUAGAUGUGAUUCUAUAAGCUUUACAUACGUUUACAUUUUUCAAGUACGUUAAGCUUGGGUACAAUUGAGGAGAAUUCUUGAAUAUAUUUGUACAUUUGCCCGAUUCUUCGGAAAAUAUAGGUGUAAGUAACUUUAAUUAUUAGAAGCUAUGCAAAUGAUUUAAAUUGAAAACUGGACCAAAAAUGACACGUUUAAUAUUAUUGUUAUCAUACAACAUUUAACACAUAACUUAAGUGUGUCAUUUUACUAUACAUAGAAAACUGUACAUUUGUAAAUACUAUGACUUUAACUUAUUUUAUGAAAAACAACUAACAAGAAAUAUAUAUGUAUAUGGAUACUUCAUACAAA